UUGAAAGUUUGAAACCCUAGAUAGAUCAAAUCGUUGGCUUGAUUACUCUUUGGACCAGACGCAUGGCGGAGCACUUAGCAUCUAUCUUCGGAACAGAGAAGGAUAGAGUGAACUGUCCCUUUUAUUUUAAGAUCGGAGCAUGCCGUCAUGGAGAUCGGUGCUCUCGGCUUCACACUAAACCUAGUAUUAGCCCUACUCUCCUUCUUUCCAACAUGUACCAACGCCCUGACAUGAUCACUCCCGGCGUUGACCCCCAAGGCCAAGCCCUUGACCCCCGGAAGAUCCAAGAUCACUUUGAGGAUUUUUAUGAGGAUUUGUUUGAGGAGCUUAGUAAGUACGGCGAGAUCGAGAGCUUGAACAUUUGUGACAAUUUGGCUGACCACAUGGUGGGCAAUGUGUAUGUUCAGUUCAGAGAGGAAGAGCAUGCUGCUAAUGCGCUUCGAAAUCUCAACGGAAGGUUUUAUGCAGUGUCAAAGUUGUACCUGUGCAAAUUUGGUCACGUUUUUGACAUUGAAGUUUGUAUAUUAUCAGGGCGCCCCAUCAUUGUUGACUUCUCCCCAGUGACAGAUUUUCGAGAAGCCACUUGUAGGCAGUAUGAGGAGAAUGUAUGCAAUCGAGGUGGCUACUGUAACUUCAUGCAUUUGAAGAAGAUUAGCAAGGACUUGAGGAGGCGAUUGUUUGGAAGAAAUAGGAGAAGGCGCAGCCACAGUCGAAGCAGGAGUCGUAGUCCACAUAAACAUCGUGGUUAUGAGGAGCGCUCACAUGGAGGCCGUGGUUCAAGCAGACGUGAUGAUGAAAGAGAUCAUCGUUACCAUGAUAGGGGCAGGAGGCCUAGAAGCCGAAGUCCUGGACGUAAAGUGGGACGAAGCAGAAGCCCAGGUUCGAGGAGGAACAGGAGUCCUGUUAGAGAAAGUAGUGCUGAAAGAAGGGCUAAGAUCGAGCAAUGGAACAGGGAAAAGGAGGAGGCGGAAUCUGGUCAUAAGAUUGAUAAUAGCAAUAAUGACAAUGACAGGAACAACAAUGGCUUUGCACAUGAUGAUGAUCAAUAUAGUGAUCCUCAGCAGCAGUGACAGAGUGGUGAAAUCAACCACUGGUUCAAUUGAAGAGUUUGUCCGGUUUGUUCAUGUGCUCUAUUUUAGUUACUAAAGUUUAAUUAGUACAUACAGGCGUGCAGCUCUUCUUUUUGGAUAGACAGCCUAUGUAGAAAGCAUGGCUUAUUGCCCAUUUCCACUGUGCAGGUGGAGCACAGGUUCACUGUUGUGUUGUUGAAAGUAAAAUUCUAUUUUUCUUGAUUUUCCUGCCCACCUUCAAUUUUAAGUAAAAUGAAUAAAAUAUAGAAUAAAGUAAAAAUAUUACCAAAAGUGAUUUUUUGCAUGUACCAUAACCUCCGGUUUUUCUUUAUUUGUACCACCAAGGACACUUGCUUGGUGUGUAUCUCUGUUGGCUAAAGGUUCAGCUAUUGUUGUUUUCCUUAAUGUUUUCUCAAAAUUGUUUUUUGUCCACUUCAUUUGUAACUUUGGUAUUUACAUCAGUUACAAGUUUUUCAGACUGUUUUGUUGUAGCUGUCACUAGGAAAAGUGAUGCUUGAGAAAUCAGAAGUGAAACCACAAACAUUUUGUUAGUGGUGCACUAACAGUGGAGGUUAUUUCACAAGCUUUUAAUUUUCCCAAUAAAAUUUCUUAGAACUGAACCUGUCUCAGCCAUUCAAUCUUUCUGAGAUUUCAAUACAUGGUCAUAAAUUCUUUCACAGUCAGAAUGUUGGUCUAAGUUUUCCCACUCUUCAAGUUAAAGGAAUGAGUGGGAUAGUGCAUCUGUGCAAAUUUACAGUGUCUUUGUAUAGUAAAGUUGAUUGACAGGCAGUCUGGCUUAAUCAAAUCUGGUGGGAUCUAAAGAGUCCUGUGCUGCCUAUAUUAUUUUCUUUUAAACUUGUGGUCUUACCUAAGUUAUGAGUUUUGCAGGUUCAGGUUUUCCUGCUACCCAGGAUCAGGCCUCAUUUUUUCUGCAGCUUACCAUAAUAUUUGUAUACAGGUUGGUGUCGUUGUCUGCAGAGCAUGUUUACAGGAUUGUAAUGCUACAUUGUGGGAGUAUUCAGACGCUAGUAGACCUAUUUUCAAGAAAAAGAACUGCAAAAUUUGUCAUCAUGGUAUGAUCUUGCUGUUUGAAGAAUAGAUUGAUCUGUUGUAGCUCGUGAGAGAAUUUUAUUCUAUGGCCAUGGAAAUGCUAGCAUGGCACUUGGUUUUACCUUGGUA